UCGCGAAAAGAGUGAGAGAGAGACGCCUUCUAUCGACUCUCAAGCGACGUCGACGCGUCGCGUCGCAAAUUGUAGACGCGUUGUCGCGCAACUCGAUAUCUCUACUCCGGUUUAUACCUCCGUUUUCCACCCCUUCUUGCAGGAGCAGUGCCACAACCAGCAGGAUAGUGUGGAAAUGGCCGACAAGAAACCCGAAAAUCAGUAUUACACCCGGCCACCAAAACUAGGAACAUGGGAAUCGUUACGGAUUUUUAUUUGGAAUUCGGAAACCGGACAGUUUUUGGGAAGAACCGGAAGCAGUUGGGCGAAAAUUCUCCUAUUUUACAUCCUCUUCUAUAUCGUUCUGAUUGGAUUCUUCUCAGCGAUGUUGGUAGUUUUCUUCCAGACACUGGAUUACAAGGUCCCUAAGUGGCAACUGGAUAGUUCUUUGAUAGGAAGUAACCCAGGUCUUGGAUUCAGACCAAUGCCACCAGAGAGUAACAUUGAAAGUACCCUAAUUUGGUACAAACCAUCGGACAUUGGAAAUAUACAGUACUGGCAGAAAGAACUUAAUAAAUUCCUUGUUCAUUACAACAAAAGCAACAACCCCCACGCUGACAAGCUAGAAGACUGCCCUCCACACCAAAGACCUUCUCCAGGAAAAGUUUGCAAUGUCCAGGUGGAUCAUACUUGGGGUCCCUGCUAUCCAGGCGAAGGAUUCAACUAUGGAUCGCGAGAUGGUGGUCCAUGUAUCUUCCUCAAGCUUAACAGAAUCUACAACUGGUUGCCAGAAUAUUACAACGACUCCAACAUAGACCAAGUGCCAACCAUGAAAGAAAGUCUUAAGAAAGAAAUUAGGUCAGCCCCGAAUAACAAAAUCGUGUGGGUAACCUGUGAAGGUGAGAAUACUGCCGAUAUUGAACAUAUCGGUCCCAUAAGGUAUAUUCCACAGAAAGGUUUCCCAUCUCAGUACUUCCCUUAUUUGAAUCAGGAGGGGUAUCUUAGCCCGCUUGUAGCUGUACAUUUUGAAAAGCCAAAACGUGGCGUCCUGAUUAAUAUCGAAUGCAAAGCGUGGGCGAAAAACAUCAAGCACGAUAAAGCAGACAGGAGAGGAUCCGUCCAUUUUGAACUAAUGGUCGAUUAAAUCCUUUCAAAAAUAAGGUGAAGAGGCUUUUAACAACUGCCAAGACUCGACCAGCAAAGGCCCAUAUAAUUUUUAUUUAAAUUCUGUUUUUUUUUUAUGAGAAAGUCGAGAGAAGCUCUUAAGAAGGCUUUGCUGUGACAGAUCGUAAACGCCUCAACUUACUUACUAUAGAAUAAAUAAAUAAAAUGAUACAGCCGUGGAAAAUUUAAAGUUGAUUUUGUAUUCAUCUCAUCAUAAUAAAUUUAUACGGAUGUUGUACCAGUAAAAAAUCCAGCUACAAAAUCAUCAUUAAAUUGCAUAUACCAACUCCACAUAAAUAGAUUGUUGUUUAAGUAUCUUUAAAAAAAAUAAUAAUAUCCAAGCAUAAAGUCUGUUAUUUGUUAAUAACAAAAAAAUAUUACGCAUUGUUGUAAAUGGACCUUUCUCGUGAAAUCGGCCAUAAUUUCGCGAUUAGAGGCUCAAAGUAGUAAACUCAAGUUAGCGUCGACGUUAAGUUAUGCCUAAAGUUUAAAAACGCUGUUUUAGAUUUUAAAAUCGGAAAAAAAUAUGAAAUUUGUAGCGUGUGAUCCCCGUACUAAUAUAAUAUGAUAUUUAGGUUAACAUUUUUAAUUGGCUUCAAUAUUAUUUAUAAGUCGUUAAGUUUGUGAUAAGGAUAAGAAGUCGGCGUGCAUCGGUUCAUUAAUUUGUAAAUAGUAAAUAAUUUUUGCUUCUUUCGCAUUUUAGCUCAAAAAACAACAAACAACAGUUUAAUCAACUGUAGGACGUAAGGUUUAAAUUAAGCAAACAUUUCGUUUCACUUCUCAUCUAAUUUUAUGUAUUGUAUAUGCUUUCUCUGUAAAUUAAUCAAGUUUUUGUCAAAAAAAUUUCAAAUAACUUUGUUUCUUAAAACUUUUCUGAGCGGUACGAAAGUUUUAAGGACACUCAGAAUAUACCAAAAAAAAUAUUGUUAUUGAUAGACCUAAACUUAAGUGUUAAUAGUACUUCAUAGAAUUUAGUAUAUUUUAGAAUAUAUUAUAAAAUGUACGAAUUGGGACAUAAAAGCUGUUUAGGACUGAUUUUUGUUGGGGCACAUUUUGCAUAUCAAAAAACAGUUUGUAAUUAAAAAAAACAUUCAUAAAGGGUUUCCAUAGUUUAAAAUAUUAUAGGUGUUUCAGAGUUGUUGCGAUCAAGAUAUAAAAAUAUUUCUUACGGAUAUUGAUGUAGAAAUACGUAAUUUCUAAGACACAGGAUGCUAAGUUUAAAAAUGAAUAGUUUCUAUUCAUAAAUUUAAAACAUUUGUGCUCUUUUAAACUUUAAUAAUUUAUUAAAUGGCAAUUAAUAGGCAAUAAACCAAUUAGAUUUUAUCUGGAUCACCCUACAGUUUUUGUGAGAGUAUUAAAAAAACUUUGAUAUUUAAGUUUAGCAAAAAUAGAACUAAGUGAUUUAAAAAUCAAAAUAUUUCAAGAUCGAGUCACUUUACUAGAAAAAUGCUUAUAAUCAAUUUGUUGAUAGAAAAAUGUCUAAUCUACACAUUUGUUAAAUAAUUGUUGUUGCAAUGUUAUAUAUAUAUAUAUUGGGCAAAAUUGCUGUUGAUAGGACCACAUUGAGUUGAAGGUUGAAAGAUCUCAAGAUCUAGUCACUUAAUGAAAAAAAAUCCUUUAAUAAUCUUAAUGGAUAAGAAUCCAAAUUACACAUUUGUUUUCUUAUAAAUUUAAUGUAUGAUCAACGGAUAUAUUGAUAUUCGAUAUCUAAUAUAUGAGCAAAGUUGGUCUUGACAAAAUCACUAUGACUUGAAGGUCGAAAUAUCGCGACAUUUAGUCACUUUAUGAACUUUUUUCUUAAUAAGGAUAGUAGUGAAAUAUACAAAAUUUGGUGAAUCGAUAAAUGAAAUAAUGCAAGCUUAUGGGUAAUGUAAUGGCGUAAGUUAGUUUAAUGGGAUACAAAAGACUAUGUGUGUCGGUACGGCUCUAUGGUAGUCAUUCAAAACCAAUAUAUGAAUUAUCAGUGACAGUUUGAUUGCACAGAACUCACAGAUACGUCAUCAGCAUAACAAACCUUGCCUCUAAUGUGAUUGAGACUUCCAUAGAAAGCAACAUGGCAGUGUCUUGUUCUGCAUCUCAGCAAGGCCUUUAAUUGUAUUCAUUAUUAAGAAACUUAUUAAGAGCUAUCAUAACUUUAAAUAUGGUAGUAAAAAACUCAUUGACUCUUUCCAUAGUUGCAGAUGGCUGGUGGUCUAUCGGCAACGAAGGAUCUUAACAUUGGAGUCCCAUAAGGACCACUCGAUCCAUAUUAUUUAGGGUUAUUGCAAAAUAUGCUUUCUUAUGACGAUCACGCGAUAGUUCUUUAUGCUGCUAGUACCUACAAGCUGCUCAUAAAUCAGUUAUUACUUUAUCAUUCACCCUAUAAUUUACGUUUACAAAGGUGCAGAAAGGGUUCUCAGUAUUAAACAAUUCAAUAUUUUGCCAGAUGUUGUAAAGUCUGUUUUAAUUCUUUAAAAACAAGUCUCAAAAUGUUUCAAAGUACUAAUGCCUUUUAUUCCUUAAAUAAAUAUUUUUGUUUCAACUUUAACAUUUUUAUUGUCUCUCACAAUAAAUAUGAGAUAUAAUUUCCAUUUGACUAAAUAUGAAAUUCCUGGAAGAUAUAAAAAAAUUUAAAUUAAAUGCAAAAUGUCAUUAAAGGUCUGGAGCCAGACAAAAGAUUUAAGUUUGUAACAUUAAUUUUUUAAAGAAAACCAACAUGUAUUCAUAUUGACUUCUUUGGCCUCUAGGCAACUAAGAAAAACGGCCAGCAGAUGUGUGUUAAUUAUUUAAAUAAACCAUAAACUAUUUUUUUAAACCGGUAAAAGCAUUUUAAAGUUAUUAAUAAAAAAUUGUUUUUUUUUUAAACUUAACAGAUUGUAUCUUGAAAACGACGCCUUCUCUAACUUUUAUUCGUAAAUAAUUUUUCAUAUAUUUUGGUUAAACGAACUCACAAACACUCUUUAUAUAUAUUAUAAAGGACACUAUAUUUUAAUUUAAUUUUUAUAAAAAAUAUCAGUUUGGGGAUUACGCACAAAAAAGCGCGCUUUCAAUAUCAACAAAUUGCAAUUUUUUAUAAAUUUCUCCCCUUUCCAUGGAAUCCCCUUGCAAUAUUAUUUUCAUGAGCAAAAGCCCCAUAUCACAGAUGAAUACAUUUUAAGGUAAUUCAGUCAGUAUUCAUUCCAUAAGUUUAUUAAGAUAAACGUUGUCGCUUUAAAUGUAAAAAUUUUUAAUAAAAAUAAACUCUAUCCUAUAUAAAAUUUGUAAAAUAUUAUUGACAGGUUAAUUAAGUCUUAAUAAUAUUGACCCUAUUGUAUUGUAUUUUUCAAUAUUAUUUUUAAUUUACAAAAUGCUACAAUUGUUGUUAUACUCGUGGCAAUAUAUUUGGAGCAAUGGUUAAUAAUUUUUUUGUUAAUAUUUAAAGUUAAUUUAAAAUAUGGUGGAUGGAAGGUCUCUCUAAUCUCCAUCCAAGGAGGACAAUAAACUGUAAUAAUGUCCAAAAGAAUUUCCAGCAAUAGGGAAAAAUUAUUAUUUUCUAUUUCCUUUUUCACCAUAUUUUAAUCACUUUAAAAGUAAAUAAACAGGGUUAAAUAUAUAACAUAUUAUAUAUUUCUCUCUCUGUCUAUUUUUGGGUAUCUUACUUAGUUUAAUUUUAAAUAAAAUAUUUUUUUCACAUACAGAACGCAUAUAAUGGUAGUUUUAACAUAGUCGUUUCUUUAUGUAGAGGAAAAUUAAUGAUACUGCGCGCUAUCACAACGUGGUUACUCGUUCGUGUUUUUGUUAAUUCUGUACUUUUUUGCUUAAAUGUGUGAUUUUUUCAAUAAAUUUAGGUACCUUAAAUAAAUAAUAUUAGUGGUUCUA